AUGGUGGACAGCUCUGUGUGCCUGGUGGCUCUAGUCCUCCUAGGAGCCUCUCUGUGUGAGGCACAGCCCCGGGGCCGCAUCCUGGGAGGCCGUGAAGCCCAGGCCCACGCGUGGCCCUACAUGGCGUCGGUGCAGGUGAACGGUGCGCACGUGUGCGGCGGCUUCCUGGUGGCGGAGCAGUGGGUGCUGAGCGCGGCGCACUGCCUGGAGGACGCGGCCGGCGGCAAGGUGCAGGUGCUCCUGGGAGCUCACUCCCUGUCGCAGCCCGAGCCCUCCAAGCGCCUGUACGAUGUGCGACGCGCGGUGCCCCACCCGGACAGCCAGCCGGACACUAUUGACCACGACCUCCUCCUGCUGCAGCUGUCCGAGAAGGCCACUCUGGGCCCCAACGUACGAACUCUGGCCUGGCAGCGUGAGGACCGAGACGUGGCAGCCGGCACGCUGGGCGACGUGACCGGCUGGGGCGUGGUCAGCCACACGGGCCGCCGGCCGGACCGCCUGCAGCACGUGCGCCUGCCGGUGCUGGACCGCGCCACCUGCAACCUGCGCACCUACCACGACGGCGCCAUCACUCAGCGCAUGAUGUGCGCGGAGAGCAACCGCAAGGACAGCUGCAAGGGCGACUCGGGGGGCCCGCUGGUGUGCGGGGGCGUGGCCGAGGGCGUGGUCACCUCGGGCUCCCGCGUGUGCGGCAACCGCAAGAAGCCGGGGGUCUACACGCGCCUGGGGAGCUACGCGGCCUGGAUCGAGGGCGUCCUGGCGGAGACCUCGCGCCCCUGA